UCUCUUCUAUUUUAUGCUGCUUCUCUAUCUCUCUCUUUCUCUCUCUUUUUUUACCACUCUCGAAGAAUUUAUCGUCUUUCUUUGGAUUUUAUAUUGAUAUAAACAUAUGGUAAGCAUGGACCUUGAUUUUUGUAUAGAUAAAUAUACUCAUGAUAUAUCAGGUGUCAUGUAUGUAACUAAUAACAUACCUGGUCCAGGUAUAAAUGUGGAUGAUUUUGAAUCUGUAUUUACGUCAGGUUGUUCAUGUACAUUAGAAUGCUCAGAGUGUACUUGCACUCGUGGUUCUGCUAAUUAUAUAAAUGAUUGUAUUAUUGAAGAAAAAUUAUCAGUACCAAUUCUAGAAUGUAAUCCUUAUUGUACAUGCAGUCAGAAUUGUGGUAACAGAUUGGUACAGCGUGGUCCAUUAAAUAGUCUUCAAGUAAUUAACAUUGAUAAAAAAGGUUUAGGUCUUAUAACAACGAAAUUCAUAAAAAAAGGGCAAUUCAUUUGCGAAUAUGCUGGUGAAAUAAUAGGCAUAGAUGAAGCACGGCGCAGGAUCGAAGCUAAUAAAAAUGACAAUAGUAUGAAUUAUGUUCUUGUAGUUUUUGAACAUAUAGGAGAACAAGUAAUUGUAACAUGUGUAGAUCCAAAAUAUUUUGGCAAUAUUGGAAGAUAUAGUAAUCAUAGCUGCCAGCCAAAUGCUAAUCUUGUACCUGUCAGAGUUGAAAGUGUUACGCCACGAUUAUGCUUAUUUGCAUGUAGAGAUAUAGAAAGUGGAGAAGAAAUUACUUUUAACUAUGCCAGUGGAGUGACAAAUUCUAUCCAUGAUUUAAGUGAUACACCUUGCUUUUGUGGUUUCAGCAAUUGUUUGGGUUUUUUACCACAUAAUCCUAUUUAAAAUAUGCAAAACUCUUUUAAAAUAUUAGGUAUAACAGUUAAUUCGGUGCCUUUUUACUAUUAGUUUUCGAAAUAGUCUCUAUUAUUUUCUAUGACUUAGGUAUGUCUUUCAGGCAACUGUCGAACUCUGACGAAAAAAAGAAGGCGAUUUUGAUGCAAUGAAUUUAAUGUUAAGGUACCGAAUUAAUUGUUAUACCUAAUAAUAUAUUACAAAUAUCAUUAAAAAUAAUUGUCACACAGAUUUAAUGAUACUUUGUAGAUCAAUCAUAAUUAAACGAAUACAUAAAAUCUGUUUACUAAUUUUAUGAAACUAUUAACAUUUUUAUUACAAGUUUCAUAUUUCUAAGUAAAAAUUGUGAAGACCCUUUUUUCUAUGAUAUUUAAAAGAUUUCUUAUUUAAACGAAAACUUAUUUCA